AUGACUGUUGAUUCGGAGGGAAAUAAGAUCGUCGUUUGUGAUAAUGGCACAGGAUUUGUUAAGUGCGGAUAUGCUGGAGCCGCUUUUCCCGAAUAUAUCUUCCCAUCACUUAUUGGGAGGCCAAUAUUGCGCGCAACUUCUCGUGUGGGCAAUUUGGAAGUUCAGGAUCUUAUGAUAGGUGACGAAGCAAGUGAAUUGAGGCAAAUGUUGGAAAUAAGCUAUCCAUUGGAGAACGGUAUUGUUAGAAAUUGGGACGAUAUGAUACAUCUAUACGACUACAUAUUCGGACCAAAAAAGAUGAACAUUGAUCCCAAACAUGCAAAAAUUUUAUUAACAGAGCCUCCUCUCAAUCCAUUAAGUAACAGAGAGAAAAUGGUUGAAGUGAUGUUUGAAAAAUAUGGUUUCAACGCAUUAUUCAUUGCCAUCCAAGCAACACUGACUCUUUACGCCCAAGGUCUUAUGACGGGUGUUGUUGUUGAUUCGGGUGAUGGUGUCACUCACAUAUGCCCAGUUUACGAUGGACUAUCCUUACCUCAUUUGACAAGACGUUUGAACGUUGCCGGUCGCGACAUCACACGUUACCUGAUAAAACUCUUGUUACUACGUGGUUAUGCAUUCAAUCAGACAGCAGAUUUUGAAACGAUCCGCCAAAUGAAAGAGAAGCUAUGUUAUGUGGCCUACGACGUGGAACAGGAGCAGAAUCUAGCUUUAGAUACUACAGUUUUAGUGAAAAAAUAUACGUUGCCUGAUGGUCGUGUUAUCAAAGUAGGCGGUGAGUUAUUCGGUGCACCAGAAGCUCUUUUUCAGCCUCAUCUAAUCGAUCGUGAAGGUUUUGGUAUAUCAGAAUUAUUAUUUAAUACAAUUCAAGCUGCUGAUAUUGACACAAGACCAGCAUUCUACAAGCAUAUAGUAUUAAGUGGUGGGAGUACAAUGUAUCCUGGUUUACCAAGUCGUCUUGAACGUGAAAUUAAACAGUUAUAUUUACAAAAUGUACUAAAAGGUGAUACAGAAAGAUUUUCAAAAUUCAAAAUGUGCAUUGAAGCCCCACCUCAACGAAAGCAUAUGGUAUUUAUAGGUGGAUCAGUUUUGGCAAAUAUUAUGAAAAAUGACAAACGUACUACAUGGCUAACUCGUGCUGAAUACGAAGAAAAAGGUUUGAAAGUAUUAGAAAGACUAAACUACUAUAAAUAA